AUGUUCAUUUCUAAAUGUACUUAUGUUCUGCAAAGACUUUUCUUUUUUAUAGGGCUAUCCUUAGCAGAACAAAGAACGGCUAGUCAGUAUGGCAUUGACGAAAUCACUUUAUCCGCUGGAACAGUUGAGCCCCUUCCUGAACUUCAUCAUUCUUUGAUAGGAUCUAAUAAUUCCAUCUUUGAAAUUAAUUCUUUAGAUUAUUCAGCGAAUUAUACCACCGACGAUUUAUGGUCUUCUGAAUUUUCAGCGCCUUUAACUGAAUAUUCCAACCUAAAUAGUUCAAUAGUGGGGGAACGAUUUGCUGAUUAUUUUAAUUCUUUAAAUUUUGAAGGAAAGGCGGCACUGGCUGCUUUAAACGCCCUAAAGCAUUCAUACGGCUCUUCGCAUGUCCGGAGGUUCACCCCUUAUGAGCUUUUUGGGCAAUCACAAUGGAUUGAAGAAGCCACCGAAAUUAAUCAUGUCGGUUGGUCAAUUAUGUUCGACAACCUUGGCCGAUACUUCACAUUGGAAUUAAGAGGACUUCGUGAACUUACUUUCUCCUUCUUCAUUCUCUUUGCCCUACUACCUAUUGCUACUGGGGCCCUGACAGUUUAUAUUUUUAAAAGAAGAUAUUACGCCGUAACUUUUAAUGAAAAGGGUCGGUCAAAAGAAUCCAUUAGACAACUUCAAGAAAAUUCUGUCGUGGAUUUCGAUGAUUCGUCAAAAUCUUCAGCAACUCUUGCUUUACCAGACAACGAUGAACCAUUAGUAGUAAGGGAUCCUCCCCAUGAGCGUUUAAGCAUUUUAUUUGCUACCCUCGAAUAUAACAUCCCGGACUGGAACAUCAAAAUUAAAAUCGGCGGUUUGGGAGUAAUGGCUCAGCUUAUGAGCAAUAAUCUAAAACGCUACGAUUUAAUUUGGGUAGUACCUUGCGUUGGUGAUAUUGUUUAUCCGGUUGCUGAGACAGCACCUUCUAUCAUUGUUAAAACUGUCAACCAACAGUACGAGGUAAAAGUUUACUAUCACUACCUUGAAAAUAUAAAAUAUGUCAUCCUUGAUUGUCCUAUCCUAAGGAAGCAAACGUCUCGCGACCCAUAUCCACUCCGUAUGGACGAUUUCUCAUCUGCUAUCUUCUAUAGUAUAUGGAACCAAUCUAUUGCAGCUGUGAUGAUGCGUGAAAAUCCUGACAUUUAUCAUAUUAAUGAUUAUCACUGCGCUCUAGCUCCUUUAUAUAACCUUCCCAAAAUUGUGCCCUGUGCUGUCUCGUUACAUAAUGCAGAAUUCCAGGGUCUUUGGCCUCUUCAAUCGGAAAACGAUUUAAGAGAUGUCUGUGGACUUUUCAAUAUUCCUAAGUCGGUUUGUAAGAGCUACGUUCAGUUCGGUAACGCUUUCAAUCUAAUGCACGCUGCAGCCUCGUAUGUUCGUAAGCAUCAAUCUGGCUUUGGUGUAGUUGGUGUUUCCGAUAAAUAUGGUCACCGAUCCUGGGUUCGUUAUCCUGUUUUUUGGAGUUUAAAGAAGGUUGGACAUUUACCUAAUCCCGAUCCAACUGAUGUCGAUCCUGUUAUAAGUUCUGAACCAAAACAAUUGCCUAGCUUUGCGGAGUAUAAUGAGAAGAGAAAGGCUGAAAAAAGAAAGGCCCAAGAAUGGGCUGGUUUAACUGUUGAUGAUACAGCUGACCUUUUAGUGUUUGUCGGACGUUGGUCCGUUCAGAAAGGUAUCGAUCUCAUCGCUGACCUUGCUCCUACAUUGUUAGACAAAUUUAACACCCAGAUCAUUGUUGUUGGUCCUGUAAUUGACUUACACGGAAAAUUUGCUGCUGAAAAGUUUGCAUACAUUAUGGAGCGGUAUCCCGGACGCGUUUUUUCUCGUCCUGAAUUUGUUCACCUACCUUCAUUCAUAUUUGAUGGUGCUGAUUUCGCGCUAAUACCUUCUCGUGAUGAACCCUUUGGAUUGGUAGCAGUUGAAUUUGGUAGAAGGGGAGCUAUCUGCAUUGGUGCUCGUGUAGGUGGGUUGGGAGAAAUGCCUGGAUGGUGGUAUGCGGUUGAAUCUUCAACUACUCCUCAUCUCUUAAAGCAGUUCGAAACGGCUUGCUGCAGAGCUUUGAACUCUCCAACUACACUACGUCAUAAUCUUCGCAUGGCAGCUAUUCAGCAACGCUUUCCUGUUACUGAGUGGGUCGCCUUGUACGACAAGCUAAUAAAGAAAUGCAUCAAAACCCAUAAAAAGGCUGUUAAAUCAGUCCCUGUCAAUGAAAAAUCCAAUAGCAAUUCUACUCCUCUACCGAGUAUCGAAGUCAAUGAUACGAACGGAACUAUGGUUGCAAAUAAACAAAGCCCUGAAGUUGAAGAAGUCCCUGAUGCUUCAGAACCAACUAACUCAGCAGGUGAGAGGAAUCGUGUAGUACAUGGGGAACUUAGUCCGGAGAAACUUGACGAGAUUAUGGAGACUGAUAAUGAUUCAGUUGCGUCCUCGGUAGGCAGCCGGCCUUUAUCGGAAUUAACUUACAUAUCUCAAAGUUCGAUGAACCUUGGAUCUAAACUCGACGUGAGAUUUAUCGACGCAAACGGAGUUGCGAUUUCAGAGUUUUCUUCAGCCUUAAGUGAUUUGACAGCGGAAAAUUCGAAAACGAAGCUAUGUAUUGAUAACUUCUUGGUGAAGGUUUUACAGAAAUGGUACAACGAAGAGCAUCAUUACUAUCGAACGGGCUUUCGUCCUCGUUUUUACAAAUAUUUAAAAACAAAAGGUAAGAAACCUCGAGAAGUUGAUGAUGGCUCUAGUGUGCUUUCCGAAAGGUCAUUUAGAGAAGGAUUUGGGCCUGUCAGAGGUGUCGCUGGUCAUCAGUUGUCUACAUGUCAACGAGUAAUGUACGUGAAGGUGGUUGGUUGGCCGCUCUAUGCUAUUUUUCUUGCUCUUGGCCAAAUCUUGUCAAUCUCUUCGUUUCAUUUGUCUCUUUUAUCCGGAUUUGAAAGAAAUCAUAUUGCCUCUCUAUAUGUAGUAAACGGAAUAUUUAUAUUAUCUACCUUUUUCUGGUGGGGUCUUUACAGAAAUUUUGCAAGCAUUCAUUGUUUGUCGCUUCCGUUUACCGUAUAUGGCUUAGCAUUCAGUAUGACCGGUAUCUCAUCUAUGCCUUUUAUUCCAUUUACAACGAGAGGUUGGCUGAGUUAUGGUGCUACCUGGAUCUAUGCUAUUGCAGCAUCUAGUGGGCCUUUGUAUUUUACUCUGAAUUUUGAAGAUGAACAUACUAAAGGCUUAGGCUCUUGGGUUACUCGCGCUUGUAUUUUACAUGGUCUUCAACAGUUGUGGACAGCUUUGCUUUGGCUUUGGGGAACAUUAUCCAGUCAUUUAGAUUGGAACUAUUCCAUUUUAAUUAAACCCAUGAACAAUAUCCUUGUUGCAGCCGCUGUUUUUCCAAUUGCUUUCGUGCUUAUGCUAACUACCAUUAUGUUGUACAAAGGUUUACCUCCUUUUUAUCGACAAACACCCGGGAGCAUACCAGCAUUUUCGAAGGCUUUAUUCCAUCGCCGUGUAGUUAUAUGCUUCUUACUAAUGGUAAUUAAUCAAAACUUCUGGAUGUCUUCAUUAAUCAGUCAUGGAUGGAGAUUCUUUUGGAAUUCUGAACUCACAGUACUAUGGAAAGUUAUUGUUAUGAUGAUAUGUUUCCUUGUAUUUUUGUGGGUUGGACUAUUAGCUUUAUUAGGGAAGCUAUCAAAUACUCAUACUUGGUUGAUUCCUGUGUUGGGUCUAGGCUUUGGAGGAAUCAAAUGGCUUCAUGUAUUUUGGGGAACCUCUAAUAUCGGAUUCUUUUUGCCCUGGGCUGGAAUUUCAGGAGCAUAUCUAGGACGUGCACUAUGGCUUUGGCUGGGAGUUUUGGAUUCUAUCCAAGGAAUUGGAUGUGGUCUUAUUCUUCUCCAAACGCUUUCUCGAAGACAUGUGACAAACACUUUAUUAAUUGCGCAAGUGAUUGGUGCUUCAGUUACACUUUUGGCAUCUGCGAUAUCACCCACCAAGACUGGACCUGGUAAUGUAUUCCCUGAUAUAACUGCAUAUACAACAGUUGAUGGCGUAAAACCAAUCGCUAAUGCUGCUUUUUGGAUAUGUCUUUGCGUAAAUGUUAUUUUAUGUGGUGUCUAUCUAAAAUGCUUCCACAAAGAAAAUAUAAACAGGCCUUAG